CGAUUCAGACUUUUUGGGAACUUGUUUUAAUGACUUUGUACAAUGACUGUUUGCCCCAUACAAUACGAUGUGCUCUGACUUUAUUGAAUGAUGAUGAUUGUUUCCCACAGAAUCGCCCCUUCGCUCCCUGUCCCAGACAGCGUAUUGCGCAUGUUUCCAGACCUAGAUGAUGUGAAGGAAUGUGAAGAUAGAUCACAGCAUGGCGGCCGACUACGAAGCUUCAAACAUGAGCGAGGCCACUGGGCAACUUAUGUCUAUAUACCAUUUCAGCCACAGGAGGAAUUCUUGGAUCUCUUGGAUGAGGUUAUAUCAAUAUUGAAGAAACAUGAUAUCAUCAUGAACAAAAUGAAUGAGUUUCACAUCAGCCAAUCACAGACUGUUGUCUUACGACAUCACUGGAUCAAUCUAUUUGUGCAGUCACUGAGGGACCGUCUCUCAUCUAUGCACCGAUUUCUCUGUAUUGCUGAGCAGCUUCAUGUUUAUACCAACUCGGAGAAAACUCGAACAUUCCUGGGAUUAGAGAUAUCGGUAGGAAAGGAGCAGUUGCUGGAUGUGGUGGCUGAGGUGGACCAGUCGUUGAAGGAAUUUAAUCUGCAGACUUUCUAUCAGGAUCCUUCUUUCCAUGUGAGUCUGGCCUGGUGUGUGGGGGACACGGCUUGGAAGAUAGGCGGCUGCCUGAAGGAGCUGCAGACCGUAUUGGAUGGAUUUGAGAAUGCAGAGAGACUUACUCGCUUUUAUGCAGAGGAAAUCCGAUGUAAGGCCGGGAAUAAGUCUUUCCGUGUCUCGCUGAAGCAGUAAACACACUAUAGACCUGACGGUGCGGAAUUCUGUAUAUCACUUUGCCCUAAUUACUCCAGAAGGGGCGCAAGGAUUUUAAAAUGUUGGAUCUCUCUCAUCAUUCUGUGACACUUCUGCCCAGCAAAGAAUAUAGCAAAUAUGCUAAUCUCACAGUCUUGUAUAACUUUCUGAAUAUUAUGGGCCAUUAAAGGACACUCCAGGCA